AUGUGCAGUUAAACUAACAGGGGCGUGCACAGAGGGCCCAAUGGCCGCCCCUACCUGCGAGAGGAAUGCGGCCUUUAAAAGCUUAAUGGGUGGAUCUGGCUAUCUCAAGGCAAAAAUAGGUGGGUUUGACUGUCAUGCACUCAUAGACACGGGGGCGUCACGCUCUGUUAUAUCGAAGAGCAUGUGGUUAGUUAUCACUAAUGGUGGGACUGACUUGGGAAACUAUGUUGGGAAAGCUACCACAGUAAAUGGAGGACAAUUAGUUGUCUUGGGGUCUUGGCAGACUGUGUGUCAGCUUGCAACACUUACCCUACCCGUUGAGUUUUUGGUGUCUGAGCUAACAUCAGAUGAGAUACUGUUGGGUUUUGGUUUUUUAGCAAAACAUAGUGCCGUUGUCAAUUUGGGGCAGAACGUUUGUCAGAUUAAGGGAAAAUUUUUCCCUUUAGUCCCCUCAAACCCGUCUCCGGCAGCCAAAGUUGUGGUCAUACAGUCGGACGCCACAGUGCCCCCACGUGGUGAGGCCAUUGUGUGUGGUCAGGUGCAAAAUGAGACGGGGGAUUGUGCCUCAGGAAUGUUGGAACCCUCAGAUUCUCUUGCAAAACAUUGUGAUCUGCUGGUUGCUCGUGUAGUCUGCCGCGUCGAACAGGGUACCUUGCCUAUUUGUGUCAUUAAUGUGACCAGCGACCCACUUAUACUAAAGAGUGGGAUGAAAGUUGGCACACUGCACACAGACAUUGCAAUAGAAGAAGGUGGCGAUGGAAAAAAUCUUGGGGAUGGCCAGCAGCUUUCGACUGUUUCUGCACUCAUGCAGCAGUUCGGCUUGGAGGAUAGAGGAUUUUCCGAGGAACAGCUAAAAUCUGUGAGACAGCGGUUGUCCCACCAUCGUUCAGUGUUUAGUUGUGGCGAACAUGAUUUGGGGAGGACUUAUUUGACAAUCCACGAAAUCAACACAGGUGAUGCAAAACCUAUCAAAAUGCACCCGCGAAGAGUACCUUUGCACCUGCAACAGGAGGUGGCGGAAAAUCUGAAGCAAAUGCUGGCCAAUGACAUAAUCCAGCCGUCUUGCAGUCCCUGGGCAGCACCUGUGGUUCUGGUAAAGAAAAAGGGCGGUGGAUUUAGAUUUUGUGUGGAUUACAGGAAGCUAAACGAGGUGACCCGAAAGGAUGCAUCCCCUUCCUAGGAUUGAGGACGCCUUGGAUAGCCUUAGCAAAACAUAUUGGUUUUCCAC